GGUUCUGCUGCUGCUGCUGCUAGACGGAAUUCUUUCGAUGGCAUGAAAAGAGAACUAUCCAAAACGAUGGAGCACCUAGUGAUCUGUGGUUUGUGUGAGCUUCGGUUGCAAACGCCCAAGAUGCUGAACUGUCAGCAUACCUUCUGCCAGGAAUGUCUCGAAGCCCGGCUUCGGAUGCAGGCGGAUAAAACGUACAUCAGCUGUACCACGUGCGAAGCGAAGCAGCUACUGAAGGAUCCGGAUCUCGCCUCGCUACCCUCGAAUCUGCACAUCGAUAACAUGCUCCAGAUGAUGGUGCAGCGACCAACGGUAGCAGGAGCCGCACCACCACUACCACCGAUCAGAUCGCCCGUCGAGAGCUAUCAGCUGGAAAAGAAGUUUGUACCAACCACCACACUACAAUGCUCCAAAUGCCAAACCGUGGCCGAGACUCAGAUGGACAAAUGUGAACACUGCAUGUCGAUGCUCUGCGCUAUUUGCUGGUUGGCCCAUGUGGACGAACUGUCGCGACAGGUUGGCCAGCUCGAGGGUCAGCUAAAGACGGCGGUCGAAAAAUUGGACCAUAAAAUGAUUGAAUAUAAGAAUCGCUUCAACGAGAUCAACGACCAGAUACAGCAGUGCAUCCGCCAUAAGAUUGCGAAUCUGGAACAGCAACAAACGCAACUAUUAGGUGAACCUCCGGAUUGCACUUUCUUCGGUGGUGGCGGCGAUGGUGACGAACCCACCGAUGCCUCGCAGGGAAUACUAAACGACGCAAUCUGUUCGCACGAACUGGUGCGAGAGAAAAUCCAUCAACUGCAGACAUCGAUCGGCCGUCCUAUUCAGGGGGCGCUGGAUCCCGUCCAGCUUUACCUUAAGCUGCACAAAGAUCUGUCGAUCAUCCUGGAGGAAGUGUCACUGUGGGGCCGGGAGCGGGUGCUCUUCAAUAGCGAAAAGCUGAAAGUGGAAACGAUCUUCGACAACCAUAGCUCACCAUCCAUCAAGCGGACAACACAUCCGGUGCAAAAGCAUCAGCUACAGCCCGAUUCAUCCGAGACGACUUUAGUGCAUUUUUACAAACAUCAUGUGUACAAACCGCGACUCGUCUGGAAUCACUGCCAGCGACCAUCGGGGGUGGGUUUUGCACCCUGGAACCACGCGCUUACCGACAAGCCGCUGCUGUACGUGUCCGGAUCGGAGUGUCGCACCAUUUUUGGCAUCAAUAAGGCGAACGGUAACAUAGUACAGAAAUUGUCGCACGAGGAGCUUAGCUAUCCCCAGGGGUUGGCGUUCGAUGGUGCACGCAAGGAGCUGUAUGUAACGGACAAAUGGAAGCACUGCAUUUUCGUGUUCUCCCACGAUGGUCAAUUACUGCGUAAAAUUGGUUCCAAAGGCGAUCAACCAGGACAGUUGAGAUCACCCGAAGGUUUGGCCGUCACGGCGAGCGGCUGCAUUUACGUUUGCGACACGGGAAAUGAUCGGAUACAGUCACUGAGCAUCACUGAUGGGCAUCCGAUGGCACAGUUUGGACGGCUUACGAAAGAUCAGCUAACGAAGGGAGCACAGCUGAAGGUAUCAUCGCGGAUGAUCGAUCUUAAGAAUCCGACCGAUAUUGUCAUACAGAAAGAUUCGACGGUCGUCGUCUUGGAUGCCGGGAACCGGCGUGUCAAAGUGUUUGGGAAGCAUGGCGAACAGCUGCUAGAGUUUGGCCAGAGUGGCACCAUCAACGGUCAGUUCCAGUAUCCGGAGGUGAUCGCCGUCGAUCCCGCAGGAUUCAUAUUGGUUGGUGAUGGUGGUAACGCGAAGAUACUGGUCUACCGACCGAACGGGCAGUUUGUAACGUCCCUUGGUUCACGUGGUGAUUCGGCGGGUAAAUUUAACUGGAUUUCGGGCAUUUGUGUGAGCAGCGAUUGGGAAAUUGUGACGAGCGAUUACAAGAACCAUGCUGUACAGAUGAUUUAUUAGGUGUGCGAGAUUCGCAAAGAAACCACCAAACAGUUGACGGAAUCGGAAUGGAAUGGAGUGUUGUAGUCAUUAUGUUGCUUC